AUGGCGACAGCGAGCCGCCCCGCCACGUCCGCUGAGGCCAUUCUGCAAUUUGUGCUCGACGCGCUGCACCAGUUGAUGGGCCUGCCGCUGCUCAUGGUGAACCAGCCAGACCACAACUUGCCGUGCCUGACCCGAGCCAGCGCGAUCGAGACCCAGAUGCGAGCCGACCAGAAGAACGCCGAGCUGCUGGACGGACCCCGCGUGGACAAGGGCGACCUCCCCACUGCCUCCUGGAGCGACGACGAAGCACCCGAGGAGGAGAUCAGCGACCUGUCCGAGGACGAGAAGGAGCAGCAGAAUGAGAAACAGGACAGUGACGUGGAGAACGGAGCGGAGAUCAAACCCGUCGCCAGCACAGCCCAGAGCCAGCUCUUCGACGGACUGCAGUUCUACCUGGCCGUGAGUCAGGUACGCGAGCGAACAGUGCGAUCGGUGCUGGCGCUCGGCAUGGCCAAGACCUUGACGACGUUGAGGGAACGGAAGCAGAACGAGUCCAUCGCAGUGAUCGAGCAGCGAUAUCCCGACUUCACGUGCCUGCCUGUGAGGAAUACGGCCGUACAACAGCUCCCCGGAACGGAGCAGCAGCCGCCGAUGGACUUGCUGACAGCGUUGCGACUCCCAUCGGCAGCGACCGUCGCACAGAGACAAUCGCCUGUUAAGGGACCCGUAAGACCCCACCUUGCAGCCGACGAAGACGUCCGCGUACGUCGACCAUCACUACCCUCUCACGGCCCCACCAUCUCUCGCGUAGCCUAGGCCUCCAUGUAGCUGCUGUAUAAACUAUCACCCAAACGCAGGAAGAUAUU